AUGUCAGAAGUUGAAGUUGAAACUCCAGUUGUUCAAGAAGAAUUCAAAGUUAUUGAAUUAGCUACCAAAUUACCAGUUGAAAUUCAAAAAGCUCAAGCUGAAAUUAAAUUAUUCAACAAAUGGAGUUACGAAGAUGUUGAAGUUAAAGAUGUUUCAUUAGUUGAUUACGUUCAAUUAAAACCAGUCUUUUUACCAGCUUCAAACGGUAGAUACGCCAACAAAAGAUUUAAAAAAGCUCAAAUGCCAAUUGUUGAAAGAUUAACCGAUUCAUUAAUGAUGAACGGUAGAAACAACGGUAAAAAAUUAAAAGCUGUCAGAAUUGUUCAACACGCUUUAGAAAUUAUCUACGUUUUAACUGAACAAAAUCCUUUACAAGUCUUAGUUGACGCUAUUGUUAACUCCGGUCCAAGAGAAGAUUCCACCAGAAUUGGUUCAUCCGGUACCGUUAGAAGACAAGCUGUUGAUGUUUCUCCAUUAAGAAGAGUCAACCAAGCUAUUGCUUUAUUAACCAUCGGUUCAAGAGAAGCUGCUUUCAGAAACAUCAAAACUAUUGCUGAAUGUUUAGCUGAAGAAUUAAUUAACGCUGCUAAAGGUUCUUCAACUUCUUAUGCUAUCAAAAAGAAAGAUGAAUUAGAAAGAGUUGCUAAAUCUAACCGUUAA